AUUUACCACAACUUUUUUGGGGUUAUGCUGUCUCUCACUCGAUUUUUUUAAUCAAUCGAACCCCUACUCCCUUACUUGCCAACCUUACUCCCUUUGAAAAAUUCCAUGGUUCCAAGCCUGAUUAUUCCAUGCUUCGUAUUUUUGGAUGCUUAAGUUUUGCAUCUACUUUAUCUGCUCAUCGUAAAAAAUUUGAUCCUCGAGCAAAACAAUGUGUCUUCCUUGGCUACAAACCACAUGUUAAAGGUUAUAUUCUUCUUGAUAUCGAGACUCGAGCAAUUUUUGUUUCUCGCAAUGUCACAUUUCAUGAAACAAUUUUUCCUUUUCUUCAACAUUCUCUAAACAACCCUACCACUCCAGUCGGAUUACUUGCAUCUGACACCAUUUAUGAUUCACCUAUUUCACCUCCACAACCAUCAUCCACAGACCAAUCAUCAUCCACAAGCCACCCACCUACACAACCAUCUACCUCUUCUCGACCACAAAGAAACCGUCGACCACCUUCUUACCUACAGGAUUAUCAACACUAUCAACUGCCUGCUGCUACCAAUCAUCCAGGUACGCCUCAUUCUAUUUUCAACUGUAUUUCUUAUCAUAAUCUUUCACCACAACACUUGCAUUUUACACUUGCCAUUUCAGCAUCCAUAGAACCCAAAACCUAUAAACAGGCAAGUAAGUUUACCCACUGGAAUGAGGCAAUGCAAGCUGAGAUUAAUGCUCUUGAGCAGAAUAACACCUGGACAAUGACCACAUUACCUCCUGGCAAAACACUUGGGUGUAAAUGGGUUUUUCGAGUAAAACAUCGAGCAGAUGGCUCCACCGAACGCUAUAAAGCCCGUUUAGUAGCAAAAGGCUACACGCAAAUAGGAGUGGAUUACUUUGACACAUUUUCACCGGUUGCAAAGAUCACUACUGUUCGACUUCUUCUUGCAUUAGCUACUUCGAGACAUUGGCAUAUACAACAACUUGAUGUCAAUAAUGCGUUUCUUCAUGGUGAUCUCAAUGAGGAUGUAUAUAUGUUACCUCCUCCUGGUUUUUCUCAUGACUCUACCAAAGUUUGCAAGCUUCACAAGUCCAUUUAUGGACUCAAACAAGCCAGCAGACAAUGGUUCUCGAAGCUUACUACAACUUUAAUUUCUCUUGGUUACAUUCAAUCUACAGCUGAUCACUCCAUGUUUACCAAGAAACACUCUGAGGAUUUCACAGUGUUACUUAUCUACGUUGAUGAUAUUAUAUUGACUGGCACAUCAUCACCAGAGAUAAUGAAAGUAAAGCAGUUUCUUGACACUACUUUUCGAAUCAAAGAUCUUGGUGAUCUGAAAUAUUUUCUCGGUCUCGAAGUUGCGCGCACUAGCCAGGGAAUACAUAUUUCUCAACGGAAAUAUGCUCUAGAAAUACUACAAGAGUCUGGAUUUAUUGAAUGCAAGCCUGCCAAGACUCCAAUGGCAACAAAAUCUGUUUACAAACUCACAUCGACCGAUGGUGAAUUACUUUCAGAUAUUACCUCUUAUAGGCAACUUGUUGGCAAGCUUCUUUAUCUCACUUCUACACGUCUUGAUCUCACUUUCGCUGUACAACAACUUAGCCAAUUCAUGGACAAGCCUACUACAAAUCAUCUUCAAGCAGCUCAUCGAGUGCUACGUUAUCUAAAAGGUUGCCCUAGCACUGGUCUCUUCUAUCCUGCUUCCUCCUCAUUCGAGCUUAAAGCAUUCAGUGAUUCUGAUUGGGCUGGAUGUCCAGAAACUCGACGAUCCAUCACAGGCUAUUGCAUAUUCUUUGGUGAAGCAUUAAUAUCCUGGCGUGCCAAGAAACAACCUACUGUUUCACGAUCCUCUAGUGAAGCUGAAUAUAGAGCACUUGCCUCCACUGUUUGUGAAGUUCAAUGGUUACAUUAUCUUCUAUGUGAUCUACAUGUUCCCAUCUCUCAUGCUACUCCAGUAUUUUGUGACAACAAAUCGACAAUCCAGAUUGCAUCUAAUCCUACUUUCCAUGAACGUACAAAGCACAUCGAAAUCGAUUGCCACAUUGUACGUGAGAAAUUGCAAAAAGACAUUGUUCAUUUGUUGCCAUGUACUUCAUCUGCUCAACUGGCUGACCUCUUCACCAAAGCUCUUGCUGCACAACCAUUUCAAGACAUGAUUUCCAAGCUGGGAAUGCUCAAUAUACACUCUCCAGCUUGAGGGGGGGUAUUAGCUAAAUUAUACUAAUUCACAGCUAGCUUCUUUUAGUUAGUUAAAUUAGUUAUUGUACAGUCUGUCAUUUCUAUUUUUUUAGGAUCUAGAAUUCUUCUAGAGUCUUCAUAUCUUGUGUAUAUAUACAUUGCAUUGCCAGCAUAAUCAAUUAA